GAAGGCUUUGUGGAAGGCUCCAGCAGUGAGGAAGGCUUUGUGGAAGGCUCCAGCAGUGAGGAGGAUGCCACGUCCAUCUUCAAGGAAGUGGGGCAUUCGCAGCAGGCGGAGGCCGCCCCAGCGCCCGCACCGCGGCGGGUGGGCUUUCUUUACACGUCGUCGACUCCCGCUGUUGCCCCAUUGGGCGCCGAAGAGCACGCUUCGGAAACGACGGCUGCCGACAAAUCUUGGGACCAUGGUGACACCGACAAGGAGAGCGGGCUGGAUGAUGCGCUACGGAAGGCCUUGGGCUUUGGAGAGAACAUUCCCAUGCAGGCCCACCCCUACAUCGCCGAUGUCCUUAGCGGCGGAGGGAAGGAGAUCCCGAUCGAGGGCGGCGCCAGCAUCUUCGUCUCGAGGGAUGAGGAGCUUGCAUGCAAGAUUGGAGGACGAGUGGUCGAUCCCAGCACGGUGUGUAUGCUACCAGCCGAUCAAGUUUCGGUCAGCAACACCUGGGAAUUCUGGCCGCAUGCAAAGCCUUUCAAGACCCCUGUGCUCCUGCUAGUCAAAACCUAUGCGUCGGCUACAAAGUUUUGGCGGUGGCACGGUGACAUGUGGGAGGAGGCAGAGGUCCUGGCAAGAGGCGAGGGAUGGCUCCUCGUGCGAAUGGACCACUUCUGCCUUGCAACGGCCAGUGCUCAACCCUGGCUUUCCUUUGCCAUGUUGUUGGAAAAAGCCCCGGAUUUCCCAGGCUAUGUCGUUACAGAGGCGCACCUUGCUCUCGGUGUGCCUAACCGCAGAGAUGACAACAAACAACUGCUGUCAAAUCAGCUCCCUCAUGCCCGCAACGAGGAUAUCAGAGUGAUUUCCUGCGGUAUCAAAGCACUUGCUCGGGAGGACUUUGGCAAGACGUUCAGGGUAACAGUGGCCGACGACACACGCGCGGAAGCAGUAUUUGACGAUGAUGUAGAGCUACCGCACUUGGAGGCAGCAUUGGAGUCGGAGAGAGUCGCGGCAGGAACUGCGGCAAACAUGGAGAAAGCCGGGCGCCUGCUUCCAGUAGAAGUUUUCAACGACGCGAGCUAUGUCGGCAUUCGGGUUAAUGUCCGAGUCCAUUGCGAGACGGCGGUGGCUGACGAGUGGUUGAAUUUGCAGACAUGCUGGCGUAGCCCAGUGCCAGUUUGCUCAGAGCCCGGAUGCAGGCAUCCUUGUGCUCCCUUCCGACAUGCUGUUGUGUCCUUCCAGGCAACGAAAAGAAGCGAUGGAACGGGGAAACGCAACCGAUUCGACGUCGGCAAGUACGGGAGCUUUCACGAGUUCAUGACACGGGUCAUGGGGUGUCACCAGCUUCUCUUCCCCUUACCAAACAAGCAAUGGUCUGUCUGUCUCAACUUGUGUCCUGGCUCAGACGACUACACAGUCAUCGUCUUUGCGGCUGUUAUCCCAAACCUUGUCGCUGUGGACGAACUUAUGGAGGCGAUAAGGAAUCUCUUCAUUCACGGGAUCGACGCAGCGUGCCGGUACCAAGUCGAAGAUUACAAAAACUACAAGACGAUUUCGCACCAGCUACAGCCAAAGUUUUUGGGGUUCAUGGACGUCAUGGAUCAGGCUCGGGGCUUGAU